UUCCAAUUUUUACGCUGCCCAUUUCUUCUCUCUCAAACCUAACCAGCCACCCUCUCUGUCUUUCAUUUUUUCUCCAAUCAUGGCUGCCACACUUUCUUCUUCUUUUAUUCAACCUCCCGGUCUCUCUUUCACCUCCAAAAACUCACCCCACAAGCCGACCUUCUUCACCGCCACCACCAUCAAAGCCUCCGCCUCUUCUUCUCCUUCCAGAAACUCCAACACUAUCAGAGACGAGGCUCGCCUCCACAAUGUGAUCCACACCCACCAUUUCUCCGCAAAGUACGUUCCUUUCAACGCGCCUCCGUCGUCUGACGAGUCAUACUCGCUGGACGAGAUCAUUUACCGGUCUCAAUCCGGCGGCCUUUUGGACGUUCAACAUGACAUGCAGGCGUUGAAGCAAUACGAUGGGAAGUAUUGGAAGAAUCUUUUUGACUCGAGAGUUGGGAAGACCACGUGGCCUUAUGGGUCCGGAGUUUGGUCAAAGAAAGAAUGGGUUUUGCCUGAGAUUGACAGUGAUGAUAUAGUGAGUGCUUUUGAAGGGAACUCGAAUCUUUUCUGGGCUGAGAGGUAUGGUAAAGAGUACUUGAAGAUGAGUGAUUUGUGGGUGAAACACUGUGGGAUAAGUCAUACAGGGAGUUUUAAGGAUCUGGGUAUGACAGUUUUGGUGAGUCAAGUGAAUAGGUUGAAGAAGAUGAACAAACCAGUGGUGGGAGUUGGUUGUGCUUCAACUGGGGACACGUCUGCAGCUUUGUCUGCUUAUUGUGCGGCUGCAGGUAUUCCUUCUAUUGUGUUUUUGCCUGCUAAUAAGAUUUCUAUUGCUCAAUUGGUGCAGCCUAUUGCAAAUGGUGCCUUUGUGUUGAGUCUUGACACUGAUUUUGAUGGGUGUAUGCAGUUGAUAAGGGAGGUAACAUCUGAGUUGCCUAUUUAUUUGGCUAAUAGUUUGAAUAGUUUGAGGUUAGAGGGACAAAAGACUGCUGCAAUUGAGAUUUUGCAGCAGUUUGAUUGGGAGGUGCCUGAUUGGGUGAUAGUUCCUGGAGGUAAUUUGGGGAACAUUUAUGCAUUUUAUAAGGGGUUUAAUAUGUGUAAAGAGUUAGGACUUGUUGAUAGGCUUCCUAGGCUUGUUUGUGCACAAGCUGCAAAUGCUAAUCCGCUAUACUUGUAUUACAAGUCAGGGUGGAAGGAUUUUAAACCUGUUAGGGCAAAUACUACUUUUGCAUCUGCUAUUCAGAUUGGUGAUCCAGUUUCGAUUGAUAGAGCUGUUUAUGCUUUGAAAAAUUGUGAUGGGAUUGUUGAGGAAGCUACUGAGGAGGAAUUGAUGGAUGCUAUGGCGCAGGCGGAUUCUACUGGCAUGUUUAUUUGUCCGCAUACUGGGGUGGCUUUGACAGCAUUGAAUAAGCUCAGGAAUAGUGGGGUUAUUGGGAAGACUGAUAGGACGGUGGUGGUGAGCACAGCUCAUGGAUUGAAGUUUACUCAGAGUAAGACUGAUUAUCACUCAAAGGAUAUCAAGGACAUGGCCUGCCAGUUAGCUAACCCUCCUGUGAGUGUGAAGGCAGAUUUCGGGUCAGUUAUGGAUGUUUUACAGAAGUACUUGUUGAGCAAAGUGCCCAAGUAUUAAGCCAAUGAGCAACACAAAAGUUGCUUAUGCACUCUAUCCCUUCCCUGUUAGGCAGAAAGAACUCUGCUCUUAAAGGCAUCUAGUAGCUCGAAUUGUCUCAUUAUUUAGUCUUUGUUAGAGAAGCCAUUUGUAAGGCAGCAUUGCUAGUUUUGGUCAAGCUAUUCAUCAUUAGGGUUGAAAUGGAAUGUUUGCUGUAUGUCUGAAGCAUUUUUAUGUUAUUUUCCUAUUGUGUCUCUUUCUUUAUCAAAUAUUAAUUGGUCAGCAGGAGAAAUCAACUUGCUUAUCAUUAAUUUCAA